CACGAUAAAGGGCGGUGAGCGCCUCACCAUACAAUCCGCGUCCAGUCCCACUGGUUCCUCUUCAGAUCUUGAUACAGGUUUCUACUUGCUUCCUUUCAGAUGGAGGCUGAUCCAUGACUUUCUUUACCUCUCAUCAAAGGCAGUUCAUAAACCUGUAAGUAGCUUCUCAAUACUUCCCUGAAUUUUCUUUCAUUUCAUCAGAUGUUUCCCUUCAUCCACAUCAGAAGAAAACUCCACCGUAUCACCACCACUACUAAAUACUCAACACCUCAUUCUCUCUUUCUUCUUCUCCAACAAAACCCAUCUUCUCUAAAACCUUUCUCUAACAUUUCCACCAAAACCCAAACACUACCUUCCUCUUUUACACUCUCAUACCUCAUCAACUCAUGUGGCCUCUCCCCACAAUCAGCCCUCUCAGCCUCUCAAAAAAUCCAACUCAAAUCCCCACAAAAGCCAGAUUCUGUCCUCUCAUUCUUCAGAAACCAUGGAUUCACCAAAAACCACAUUGCAAAUCUCAUCACCAAGCGCCCACAGGUCCUCCUAGCCAAUGCCGACAAAACCCUCAUGCCCAAGAUCCAAUUCUUCCAUGGUCUGGGCAUUCCAGGCCCAAUCCUUGCUAGGAUCAUCUCUUCGGACCCUACCAUCUUGACCUGUCGUAGUCUGAAAAACCAUAUCAUCCCAUACAUUGAUUUCAUCAAAACUUACGUCCACGCCAAUGAAGAUGUCAUCACCAGCAUCCACCGUUCAACCCGCUCUCUCCACUGCAAUUUCCAAAAAGUAAUGGAAUCCAACAUCAGAAUCUUGUGGGAACAUGGCGUGCCUGAAUCGAAGAUUUCUAGAUUGAUCACGCUUCAGCCCGCUGCAUUGCUGAAAACUGCAGAACAGUUUAAUGAGAUUGUUGCGAUGGUCAAGGAAAUGGGUUUUGAUCCAUCAAGUGGGAAUUUCAUCCUAGCCAUCCGUGUCAUUUCGAUGAUGAGCAGAUCGAAUUGGGAAGAGAAGGUGAAUGUUUAUCGGAGCUUGGGGUGGUCUGAGGAUGAAUUCCUCUCCGCAUUCAAAGUUCAACCCAAUUGUAUGAUGACAUCAGCGAAGAAGAUCAAGAGUGUGAUGAGUUUCUUUACGAAUGAAAUGGAUUGGAAGCCGUCAGAUCUUUCUAGAUACCCAUGUAUUCUAUUACUUAGCUUGGAGAAGACGAUCAUCCCGAGAUGUUCAGUCCUUCGGAUCCUAAUGUCAAAAGGUCUUAUUGAGAAGCAAUCCAGUGUACAUAAGGCAUUGAUUAUUAGUGAGAAGGCCUUCUCCGAAAGAUUCAUGGUCAAGUAUCAGGAGAGCAUUCCUGAAAUUCUGACAAUGUAUCAAGGUAAAAUGGGAUUUGUAGGAUUAUGUAUCAAGUUGGAAGAUGUGGGCGGGACACUGAAAUUGUAGAUUUUCAUCUCACAGUAGUGGAAAGGUUUCAAAUUCUUGGUCAGCAAUGGUGAAUCAACCCUUUUUUUUUUUUGGGAAGUUGAAUGGCCAGGCAGCUGUUCUCUCUCCUCCAAAUUCCCAAGUCUAUACAGGACUGGUUAGUGAGAUGUAUAUAUCAGUCAAAGAUUGCGUACAGAUUACAGAAGACAGGAAUAGUGGAAUAUAAUCCUCAAUUAGGAAUUUAAAGGAUAUCGAAUUGGUGGAUUUCCAGUCCCUUCUCCGCAUGCUGAAUGAAGCGCACAUCUUGCCACUGGUGUGGGACGAGAGAAUCUGGAAUAGGGAUUCUUAGGCAAAUUUUCAGCCAAAUCUUUCUUCAGAUGUUUCUCUUCUGACAUUAAAAAGACUGGAUUCGACAACCCCACCUUGAGUUUCAGCUUCCUCAUGGCUUAUGGCUUGUGGUAAAAAGGAAAAUCUCAACAAUCGACAAAUUGCAAUGUUGUGGCAUCAUGCUACUAACCACUGUGUGAUGUUUGAAGCUAAUGAAGAAAACAGCCACCACACUCCACUGGCAGGUGGUGUCGUCUAUCUGGAAUUCCUUCCUUGCCGAAUUCCUACCACCCGGGUGAAGCAUUUAGAAGAGGAAUUCAUCCAUUCGAGCAGCUGUCUAACACACAAUAAAGGAAGAAUAUUGUGGAAUUUGGUGUUUUUUGCGAUUUGUUGGGGGAUUUGCAAAGAGAGGAACAACAGAAUUUCAAGGGCGUACUGGUCAAGAAGAUGAAAGAAUCAUAAUCAUAUGGACCUUGCUUUCCUCCAAAAUUGCAGAAAGUCUGCUUGGGACACAAAAGCUUCGAUUUGACCCAACACAGUAGUAAAAACUUGUGUACCUCCUAAUGGGUUACACAAAACCGAAGUGUGUUCCAAUUUGUUUUUGUUUCUCGUUUUGGUUCAUAUGGGCUCUGCUAUGCCUACCUUCUAACCCGGA